AUGACUUCGAACGGAGUCUCGCGUAAUCCCCAUGAUGCUACGGCACUCAGCAUGCCAACGUACCCCAGCAACUGCCUAGAAUUUGCGAGGCCUCUUUUAGCUCCAGGAACAAAAAGUUCUGAUUGUGUGGACAAGGCCAACGUGCCUUUGAAUAUUCUCCUUGUUGGUGCUGGCUUGGGCGGCCUUACCACAGCCAUUGCGCUCACGCAAAGUGGCCACAACGUAACAAUCUUCGAGCAGACGUCCGUGCUUGGGGAGGUGGGAGCUGGAAUCCAAGUGCCAUCUAACUCUACCAAAAUCCUUUUCAAGCUGGGGCUGACACCAUACCUGAAGCCCUAUGUCACUGAGCCUGAGUCUAUAUCUUUCAGAAGAUGGCAGACUGGCAACGUUAUUGGCAACACGAAAUUAGUUCCGGACUUUACGAACAACUUUGAUGCUCCAUACUAUGUGAUUCACAGAGCUCACUUCCACUCCGCCCUCUGCCAAAAGGUGCAGGAUAUGGGAAUUGAAAUCAAUUUGGGAGCGAGAAUUGAGACUUACGACCCGGUCGCGGGAAGUAUUAUGCUUGCUGAUGGAACGACCUUCACUGGAGAUCUCGUGGUCGCUGCUGACGGAAUCAAAUCCGUUGCUCGCAAAAUCGUCCUCGGCGGAGAGGAUAUGGCUUUCCGCAAGCCUGGGUUUGCGGCAUAUCGCGCUACAGUAGAUGUGGAGCGGAUGCGAAAUGAUCCCGAAUUGUCAUGGAUUCUCGAGAGACCAGCUCUGAAUAUUUGGAUUGGGGAUGCGAGACACGUCAUGACCUACACUAUCGGUGCGGGCAAGGCCUUCAAUAUGGUGCUAUCUCAUCCAGAUGCCACUGAUCCAUCUACAUGGGACCCUACCAAGGCUGUUGAUGAUAUGAAGGCCGAGUUUGACGGCUGGGAUCCAGUUCUUACCAAAAUCAUUGGCAUGGUAGAAAAAACCCUCAAAUGGCCACUCAUCAGUGGCUCCGUUCUUGACAAGUGGGUGUCGGACAAACUUGUCAUACUUGGAGACGCUGCCCACGCGAUGUUGCCAUACAUGUCACAAGGGGCUGCAAUGGCUGUUGAAGACGGACUGGCCCUAUCCCGGGCCUUGUCUAAGAUUCAAAAUCCAGAGCAGCUAGGAAAAUGCCUUUCCAUUUUCGAGAAGGUCAGAAUGCAACGUGCUGGUCAUAUGCAGGAGGCUAGUCUGCUCAACAGCCAACUCUGGCAUUUUGCUGAUGGCCCUCUGCAAGAGGCAAGAGACGCGGCAAUGGUCCCCGAAGUAAAAGGACUGCCGUUCAGUCACAGCCCAAACCAGUGGAGCGACCCUGCCACUCAGAUGUGGUGUUAUAGAUAUGAUACCGAGGAAGCCAUUGAUGAGGCAUGGGAAAGUAGCCGACUCAACAAUCUCCAGCUGUAA